AUGUCGUUCACGUUCCAAUGUCCGACUUUGACAUUGACGAACUACACAAUUUGGAGGAUGCGCAUGGAGGUGCUACUCGGGAUUCAUGGCGUUUGGGAUGUAAUUGAUCCCGAACUAGAUGAUGUGAAGAAAAACAACAUCGUGAAAGGAUUGUUGUUUCAAUCGAUUCCAGAGGAUUUAAUCCUUCAAAUCGGUAAUUUGAAAACCGGAAAAGAGAUGUGGGAAGCGAUUAAAACUCGUAACCUAGGAGCUGAUCGUGUGAAGGAAGCCCAACUCCAAACUCUAAUCACGGAAUUCGAAAAUUUAAAGAUGAGUGAUACUAGUACGAUAGACGAGUUCGCUGCUAAAUUAUCCGGGAUUGCUUCAAAAUCCGCUUCACUAGGAGAGGUCAUGACCGAACAAAAGCUUGCGAAGAAGUUUCUUACGAGCCUCCCUAGGCGGUUUGUCCACAUAGUUGCAGCCCUUGAACAAGUUUUGGACCUUAAAACGAUUGGCUUUGAAGACGUGGUUGGUCACUUAAAAGCUUAUGAAGAAAGAAUCAAGGGUGAAGACAAAGUAAUCGAGACUCAAAAUAAAUUACUUUAUUCCAAAACCGAAUCAUCCAACAGAAACACUGAUUCAUCAAGAGGUAGAGGUCGGGGUUCAAAUAACCGAGGAAGAGGACGAGGUGGUGGACGUGGCGGUGGACGUGGUCGGGGUAAUACCCAAAAUCACGGUCACUCGAAAUCCUCUAAAAAUUGUGAAGAUCAAAAGCAAAAAGGAAAACAACGCGAGCAAAGAGCUCUCUCAAAUAUUCAAUGUUACCGGUGUGACAAGUAUGGUCACUUUGCUUCAAGAUGCCCGGACCGAAUAAAAAAUCAUGAGGCUAACCUUAAUCAGACACACGAAGGAAAUACAAAUCAUGAAGAAGGAACGUUCUUUAUGAUGAAUACAAUUCAAGAAACGGUGUUCUUGAAUGAAGACAAAUAUAUCCCUCCAAAAGUUGAAGCAAAUGCCGAUGAAGACGGAAUUUGGUACUUAGAUAAUGGUGCGAGUAACCACAUGACCGGAAACUACUCUUAUUUUUCUGAAUUAAAUAAAAACAUAACGGGUAGAGUGAGAUUUGGAGAUGGAUCGUGUGUUAGCAUUAAAGGAAAAGGGUCAAUUUUGUUCGAAGGGAAAAGUGGUGAGCAAAAAUUAAUGAAAGAUAUUUAUUAUAUCCCAUCACUUCGUAGCAAUGUUAUUAGCCUCGGGCAAUCUACAAUAGCUGGUUGUGAUAUUCGGAUGCGAGGUGAUUUCCUAACCAUGAGAGAUGGAGACGGAAGAUUACUUAUGAAAGUCCCGAGAAGUGCAAACCGACUCUAUAAAAUAAAGUUAAAAGUUGGAAAACCACAUUGCUUACAAGCCAAGUUUAAUGAUGAAGCUUGGUUAUGGCACGCGUGA